AUGGUCAAAGAGGAGGAUGUGGGCAUUGUCGGCGGCGUGAACGUCGGCCUGCCAAUUUUGAUGACCAUGGGGGCGUUCCUGACCAUUGCGUUGUACAAUGUCAUCGAAAUCACCUUCCUCAUCUUCUCCGUCUUCAAACAAUGGAGGGGGGUAUACUUCUGGAGCUGCGUUAUUGCCAAUUUUGGUAUCGUUCCUCACGCUAUUGGAUUCAUCCUCAAGUUCUUCCAGGUCACCAGCCUGGACCUGCUGUCAAGCGCAAUAGUCGGUGUUGGCUGGGCGUGUAUGGUGAUAGGACAAUCAGUCGUGCUGUAUUCUCGGCUACAUCUGGUCGUCCAGGACAGGAAAACGACGCGCUGGGUCUUGUACAUGAUCGUGGUCAAUGGGGUCGUUCUCGGCUUGCCCCUAAUCACCCUAGCAUUGGGCACAAACUCCAAACAAUCCGCUCGCUUCUUACCCGGCUUCAUGAUAUACGACAAAAUACAGAUCGUCGUCAUCUCUGUCCAAGAAGCCAUUAUCUCUAUCAUAUACAUCUACGGCACAGUACGUCUGCUUGGGACUGGCGGCGACGGUAGGCGAAGGUCUCUAAAGAACCUCUUUACACACCUUAUCUUCGUCAACGUCAUGGUUCUGGUCUUCGAUAUUACACUUCUUGCUGUCCAAUUCUCCGGCCAUUAUGAGGUCCAGACGACAUACAAGACGGCUGUGUACAGUGUGAAGCUGAAGCUGGAAUUCUCCGUCCUAAACCGCCUGGUUCGCUUCGUCAAACACAACGACGUCAUGAGCAAUCGAGCAACCAUCGGUAGCAAUGCCUUCUCUCUUCGCGCUCGGACAGGAAGCAGGAAGGCUCGACUGAGCAGUGACCCUCGCAGCCCGGGAAACUUCGUGAAGAUCGACGAGGUUAGCUCGAAGGACGAGAACAGCAAAUGUACGAAUGUGACGACAUCUCAAGUAUGUAUCGAUGAGUCGGAGACGGUGGGCGUCGAGCUCGAUAUAUAUGAGCUCAACCCUAAUAGGACUUGA